AUGGGAUCUUACAAGUAUCUGAUGGCAUUCAUGACGGGCUUCGAGUUGGUGUACGCUUUGAUUGACUUGCUUAUUCAGCCGGAAAUCGUCACCAUGAACUCCUUAUGGGUAACAAUGACCAGCUCGAAGAGGGCUAUUGUGCCAUUAUCAGUGGCUUACCCUUUGUUGUUACUUUGGGGUGGAUCCUUUGGCAUCGCUCUUGCCAGUUUCGGUGCCCAUUUUCUCUUUCGCUAUUUCAUUGUGACCGGCAACAAAAAAUGGGUAGCCGGGACCACAUUCUUCACAUUCUGGAUAGGUAUUCCUAUUGCCUCUGGUUUCAUGUAUGUCUUCGCAAUCGACUACUUCUUACAGCUCAAUCAGGUUAUGGAUAGUAUAGUGAGGGCGAAACUAAUGGUCUCGGAAGGUGUCCCGGGUAAUCAACUCCGCUACUUUUCUUCGUAUUUAUUCUUGACAACACCAUCUGACCCAAGCCUCUCCCUAUUCACCAUGAUCUACUUCGGCUUAAAAACAUUCAGUGAAAUCAGAAAGCUACAAGACACAACUUCGGUGUCCGCUUCUUCCAAAACCCUUCAGACUCAACUAUUCUACUCACUUGUUAUCCAAACCACUAUCCCAGUGAUCCUCAUUCAUUUCCCUACUACUCUUAUCUAUAUCUCCACAUUUUUCAACGCAGCACCUCCAAUCCAAGGAACAAUUUGUACUAUCACAAUAUCCAUGUUCCCUGCGAUUGAUCCAUUACCAAGCUUGAUUAUUAUCAAACCGUAUAGACAAGCAAUAUUAGGUUGCUUAAAAAAACGCAUCAGUCAGAAAGUAUCGUCCAUCCAAGCCAGCAGAAGUCGAGUUAACACAUUUUGA